UUCUCCUCGACGAUGGGCAAGUCCCAGAAAAAACGGACGAUGCGCCGCCAUAACCCGGUUCGCGUACCGGAUUCCCAUCUUCCUAAAGGUCUUGCAUCGGCAGAGGAGACCUCCUCGAAGAAAAACGCGAUUCUUCCCAUAAUGCAAAAGAUGGAAGGGACGGACCCUGUCGAGCGAAAGUGGGCGUGCGUGGCGGUCUCCAAUCUGAUCCAAAACGACCCCUCGACGCGUCGACUGUUGCAAGGCAAAAACAUUGUUAGCGCGCUCAUCACGCGUCUGACAGAUAGUGAAGAAGAGGUGGUUGUAGAGGCGAUGGGAGCUUUAAGAAAUUUAUGCAUCGACGGCGGAUAUGAAAUCUGCGCGGAGAUGUACAAUAAGAAUAUUCUUACUCCUUUAAAAGCAUUCGUGCCCAAGCUUGCGACUACUCUCUCCGAAUACCUUGCUAAGACAAAAACUGCCCCAGAGACCCAAAAAAAACUGGUUUACGAGUUUUCCGACAAUGUUAUCACCGUGCUUUGGUGUCUUUCAGAAACUUCAAAUAAAGCUCUGGCAGCCAUCAACGAGUUGAAUCUUAUCCCAUUUCUGGUAUCCUUUCUCGCUGCACAUGACAAGAUACCAUUGGCCCCCGUAACUGCUGCAGCACAUUGUCUGUACGUGCUCACAGACGACAACCCGCCAGCAAUCGACCAGAUUCGGGUUGACGCCACUUAUAUUGCUUGCCUCAUGUCGUUUUUGGCCCCGGAUAAUGACCAAAAUGACCCAAAAGAGAAGGACCCCCGGACAACAACUUUGCGCGUGCUUGCGUCAGGAAUCAUCCGAAACGUUUCUCCCAUACCCCCUCCAUCAAUCGUCUCGAAUCUGGACAUAGACAAAGAUGUUGUGCUUCCUCAGCUCCAACGCAUAAUAUCAGGAUUUUCGAUCGCCGCAGCGUCUUCCUCCGUCCUUGAGAUCCUUGCUCGUCAGGACUCAACUCCUUCCAUCCAAAAUCUUUCCCUCCAUCACACUCCGAAAUCUGACCAUCGGUCCCCAGCUGAGAUCGAGCUGGAGCAGAUAGAAGGAAGAUUACGAACCAUUCAACUCUCCUUGGAAAUCUUGACUGGGGUUUGCGCUACGCUUCCAGAUCCGGAUCCUCCCUCUACCUCUGAUGAACCCGAGGGUGAGGAUGAUGAUUUGUUGGUCAUGGAUGAAGAACAUGCAGACGACAGUGAUAUGGCCGUGGACGAAAAGGUUGCCCAGUCUCUUCCUUCAUUGGUACAGCCUCUACUUGAACUUAUAACACCAACAACCUUAUCGUUUCCGCCUUUUGCAUCACCAUCACCUCAUCCGCCGACGACCUCAGCUCUCAGUGCUCUACAUGUGGCCGCGCUUGAAUGCUUGAAUAACAUCUUUAUCGCCCUUGCUCGUGGGGGGAGGAUCGACGAUAUUGCUGGGGGCCAAGCUGUAUGGAACUCCAUCUGGGCAACUGUUGAAGCAGUCGGGACACAAAGCGGGCCUGGUCAAGAGCACAGACGAGAAAUGUGGGAAAUUGGUGUCGGCGUGCUAUGGGGUGUUGCAAGUGUGUGCCGCCCACAUAUUGAACCCCAAACCGAGCAAGUCCGGAUACUAAUGGGUCUGUGUAACGAUCCCAGUGCAGAAGCUGUGUUGCAAGUCAAAUGCAUUGGCACACUCGAGUGUCUUGCUCAGAACCCUUGUAAUCUGGACGCUAACAAGUCUAUCGCCGAAUUCCUUCUCUCAAUAUUGCCAAGCAGUGGUUCGCCGUCACCUACCGGGACAGAGCCCAUGCUACAGGCCGUGUCCUCACUGAUCGACAUUUAUUCAGACGAACUUUCGCCAUAUGACGUUAACUUCCGUCAAGGCAAUUUCCUCCGGCGUUUAACCGACAGUCUGGAUGGGGUGAAGAAAGCCGUGAGAGCAAUCGACCGACGCAGAGAAUAUAAUUUGAGACGCCACGGGGAGGAAGUGAGAGAUAAUCUUAUCGGCUUCAUUGAGUACCGAAGAGGGCUAAGCCUCUGA